AUGACUUCUCUUACGUCUCUGGAUCUAUCUGGCUGCGGGAGAUUUUCAACUCUACCCCUGCCAAGCACCAUCCUUAAUUCUCCUUCUCCUCUGGAAUCAUUGAUUUUCUUGGACUUAAGCUUUUGCAAUAUUUCGGUAGUACUAGAUUCUAUUGGAGACUUAAAGGGUUUAGAAAGACUAAAUUUACAAGGAAAUAAGUUUAGUACACUUCCUUCUACCUUCAAGAGGCUUUCCAAUCUAGCAUAUUUAAACUUGUCACAUUGUCACAAACUUAAGACAUUGCCAAAGCUCCCAUCCAAGAGUGGCCAAUCAGAUUCACUGGGAAGGUAUUUUAAAACAACAUCUGGAUCGCGUGAUCAUAGGUCUGGAUUAUAUCUUUAUGACUGUCACAAGAUAACUAAAUGGUUUUUCUCUUGUGAGGAUCCAGGCAUUCCAUUUAAAUGGCUAAAAAGACUAUUUAAGGAGCCUCAGCAUUUCCGAUGUGGCCUUGACAUCGUUUUUCCUUGGCAUCGUAAAUAUGUUGAUUCACAUGGAAACCCUUCGAUUCCACAGUGGUUCAACCACAAGUUUGAUGAAGGUUCAGUAAUAAGGAUAAAUAACUCUGAUAUGCAAGUUGGUUGGGCUGGCUUUUCCUUUUGUGUGGCAUUUCAAGUAGAUAUCCGCCAUGGAGUAGCUGACUUACCUCGCCGUUUUAAUUCUCUGCCACUGUCAAUUCCUUUUUGUCUUUCUUUUGAAAGUGAACACACAGAAGAAUGCUUUGAUAUUCCGCUUAGCUUGGAACGAAAUAGGGUGGCUAGCUCAACUUAUAUUUGGGUAAUCUAUAUCUCUCGGGAACACUGCCAUUUUGUGAAAACAGGAGCAAAAAUCACAUUUAAAGCUGGCAGAGGUGUGACUAUGAAGAAAUGGGGGUUCCGUGUGCUAAUCAAAAAGGGCGUAGAAAGGACACCAGGAACACAACCUCCUUUGUUCUCCAUUGAGAACGUAAAUGAAAGAAUCAACAGCUUUGAGCCAAAAAUCAAGCUCCCUUACAAUUGGUUAGUUUCUUCAGAAGAUGAAGUUGAGAAUGAUGAAGCCAAGGGGAAAGAAACCAAUCUCUUUAAUCUAGGCCUCUUGACAGGCCAACUACACUGA